AUGCAAACCAACCAGACGGAUCGGCUCGCUUUGAUCUACUUCAGAGACUGUGUGGAUGAGGAUCUGCUCGGAGUUCUGAGCUCGUGGAAUGACUCUUCUCAUCACUGCGAGUGGCAAGGUGUUGUAUGCAGUGGACGGCAUCCCGAAAGGGUCGUGUCCCUCGACCUGACGUCGAAAGGCUUGGGCGGUCUUCUAUCGCCUCAUGUCGGAAACCUCUCUUUCAUGAGAAGCCUCGUUCUACAGAACAACAGCUUUCGCGGCGAACUUCCACAAAGUAUUGGCCAUUUGUUUCGCCUUCGCCGUCUCGAUCUUAGUAACAACUCCUUCCGCGGACAAAUGCCCACCAAUCUUUGUCAGUGCUCAAACCUUGAGAGUUUGAAUCUCGUCGAUAACCAACUUGUGGGCAAUAUUCCUGAUGAUCUCGGCUCUUUGUCAAAGCUUCGAGUUUUAGGUUUGGCUAAGAACAGUCUUACAGGAUCUAUUCCUCAUUCUAUUGGAAAUCUCUCCCAACUUUACACGCUUUCUGUCGUAUAUAAUGGGUUGCAAGGAGAGAUUCCCGAAACAUUGUCCAAGCUUCGUGGUUUGAGGUUUGUUGCAUUGGCGUAUAACCAACUCACCGGCGAGAUCCCUCCAGCAAUCUUCAACAUCUCCGGCAUUUUCCACUUCAGCGCCAGUGUCAACCAAUUGAGAGGGAGCAUUCCCCCAUAUAUCGGCGACACUCUUCCUUCUCUCACUUUUCUUAGUUUUCGGAGCAACUUGUUUACUGGUGUUAUACCUCCAUCCUUAUCGAAUGCCUCCGGCCUUCAGUACAUCUACUUGAACAAUAACAGUUUUCAUGGACCGAUGCCCGCAAAUCUUGGAAGGCUGAAGGCUCUUGAAGUAAUGAACUUUGGUUCUAACCAGUUGCGAGAUGACUUCAGUUUCAUUACCUCAUUGACUAAUUGUUCAAGGCUGGAAAUUAUUCAGGUGGACGAGAAUUUUCUUGAAGGUCCGUUGCCGGAUUCCAUUGGCAAUCUUUCCAACAGCGUUACACUAAUUUCUACGUCGGACAACCCAAUGUACGGAACCAUUCCUCCAGGUAUUGGCAAUCUCUUCAACCUAUCCUUGCUUAGCUUAGCAAACAAUUCGCUCGGCGGUCGUGUUCCUUCUUCUAUCGGAGCACUCCAUAACUUGCACGUAUUGUACUUAAGCAGAAACAUGUUAACGGGAGAGAUCCCGUCAUCAAUCGGCAAUUUGACGUUAUUGAAUCGCCUUUACCUGUCGUUCAACAACUUUUACGGGGAAAUACCACAGAGUCUUGGUAACUGCAGGCAGCUAAUCGAACUCGAGUUUUCGAACAAUAAUCUGAGUGGUUCAAUCCCAGGGGAGGUUCUUAGUCUUUCUACCAUUUCGAUUAUCUUCAGCUUGGCACAUAACCAGUUGAGCGGAUCUCUUCCGUCUCAAGUUGGGUCCUUGGCCAAUCUUGUCGAACUGGAUCUGUCUUACAAUAAGCUGACGGGACCAAUUCCUAGCUCCAUCAGCAAGUGCUUGCAAUUGGAACGGCUCAGCUUAGCAGUCAAUUCCUUUGAUGGCGAAAUUCCUCCGGCUUUAGGCACGUUACGGGGCUUACGAGAGUUGGAUGUUUCCCAUAAUGACUUCUCUGGUGAAAUCCCGAGCUUUCUCGUUCAACUUACGGAUAUGAAUUACUUGAAUCUAUCUUUAAACAAGCUCGAAGGAGAAGUUCCGAAGCAAGGAGUAUUUCUCAAUGCUAGUGCAGUGUCCGUCUUUGAGAAUAGUAAUCUCUGUGGAGGUAUUGCAGAACUAAACCUUCCUUCUUGCAAAUCGAACACCUCUAAACCAUUUUCGACAAAAAAAGUUAUAGUAAUCGCCCCAGCGGCUGCCAUCUUGUCAAGCUUCAUUCUGUGUCUUUUCUUGUUUUUCAUUUGGUACCGGAGAAAGAAGUCGAAAGAAAAUCUCUCUGCAACUGAAUUGCCGUUUGAACACCGAUUCUCGAGGGUCUCUUAUGAGGAACUCUUUAGAUCCACCGAUGGAUUCUCUGAGAACAGUGUGAUCGGUAAAGGGAGAUAUGGUACUGUCUACAAAGGAACUACACAGGAAGGCGGGUGGGUGGCUGUUAAAGUGCUCAACUUGGGCCACAGAGGUGCUUCGAAGAGCUUCGUCUCGGAAUGUCAAACCUUAGGGGCCAUAAGACACCGAAAUCUCGUGAAGAUAUCGAACGUGUGCUCAAGUGUGGACUAUCACGGCAACGAUUUCAAAGCUCUAUUAUACGAAUACAUGGCUAAUGGGAGCUUAUAA